CCUGUCGCUGUAUUCCUUAUUAUUGCUGGGACUCAUACGGAUCACCCAACACCUUCAAAUGAGUUGGGAAGUCAGUUGUUGGGACUUUGAUUGAUAUGCAGAAGGAAUUUGUACAUAUUUGUUUGAGUUUCUUUUUAUUUCCCCUCCGACAUUUUGACCCAUCCAUGGCAUUCCAUAUCCACAUUUACAAUAUUUUCAAUUUCUCUUCUCUCUUAUCUCCAAGCUUUUCUUCUCCUUUACUACUACUUCCACUAAUUAUAUACUCCACAUUCAAUAUUGUCACCUUCCCAAGACACCUCUGUGGACCAUGUGCUUCUUCUUCUCUGGUAUUUGUUAGAUUGUAUAUAGUCAUCACCAUUCUGGUGAAUAAUAAUGGGUUCUGGAGACUGGUUUAAGACCAUAAUUAGCCGAAAGAAAGUGAAAGAGGAAAAACAACAAAAGGGAACUUUACCUACUGAAAAAUCAAAUGGGUUCAAGUGGAGACAUCGAUCUCGUAAAGAGUCAUCAAGUAACUUUCCCAAUGGCAGUUCUAGUGGAAACCCUGUUGUACUUGGUAUGCCAGUUGAGGAUGUUGCAGCCAUACGAAUUCAAACUGCAUUUAGGGCCUAUAAGGCAAGGAAAGCUUUACGUCAUUUGAAAGGGAUUGUAAGGGUACAGGCACUGACCCAAGUCUAUACUGUUAAGAAACAAGCAUCAACUACUAUGGACUAUCUCCAUUCUUGGAGCAGAAUACAGUCCCAGAUUAGAGCUCGCAGAAUCUCCAUGGUAACUGAAGGCCGAAUUAAGCAAAAGAAGCUAGAGAAUCAAUUAAAGCUGGAUGCGAAGCUUCAUGAGCUGGAGGUGGAAUGGUGUGGUGGCUCUGAAACCAUGGAGGAUAUUCUUGCCAGGAUGUACCAGAGAGAAGAAGCUGCAGUUAAGCGUGAGAGAGCCAUGGCAUAUGCAUUCUCUCAUCAGUGGAGGGCCAACUCUAGUCAGAACCUGGGACAGUUUUCUUAUGAACUCGGCAAAGCUAACUGGGGUUGGAGCUGGAUAGAGCGAUGGAUUGCAGCUCGCCCGUGGGAGAGCAGAGUUCCCAUCAGUCCAAGCCCAAAGAUCCAGAGUAAGCAGACAGACAAGCUUAGUAGAACUACAAGCCUACCAGCAGUAAAAGUCUCUGUUUCGGUCAAACCUACUCUCUCUAAUGGGAAGGGAUCUUCAAAAGCAAGGAGGUUGUCUUAUCCAAAUACUGAAAAACCUGCUGAACAGAAGGCAAAUCCUAAGUUACAAAGCCUUUCUAGUUCCGAAACUGAAGAAACAAACACAAAGCAAGAGUAGCUAGCCAGUGUGUCACUGUAGUGAGAUGUAGAAGUCUUGUUUCCUUGGUCCUGGCCUGGUUCUUUGAUUAAAAAAAA